GUUCAUACUGCGUGUCAGUCGGUUCGACGCCUGUGCGGCAACGUAUACUCAUACGAUCGAGGAGCCGAAAAAAAGCGGCAGCCUGGCACAAUCUAUACAUUUAGCCAACGCCUAAGUUCAGCAGCCCACGUUGGCCGCGUGAUCCCAGCUUACACCAGCCGAGACGAUUUCAGACCACCGGGAACCCCAUAA